AAUUUUGAGCUUUGCUUGUCUAUUUUAUUAUCUUAUGUCCGCAAUGGACAGCAGUGUUGUUGUAAGUGGGCGAAAUUCAGCAGUGCCUCAUUACAACCCCCAAUCUGGGGGAAUCCAAGGGAGGAUUUAUAACCCGGUUGGAGUUGGCGGAGGGGACAACGUUGCAGUGCGUUCAUCCUCUACCACUUCAUCAUCAUAUUCUACUGACCAACCAUCUCUGGUUCAAAAUCAAAUGAACUCAAGUAGUAGUAACGUUAUGAAUAACACUAAUACAAACUCGCUAAAUCACGCGUCUGUGAGUCAGCAGGAACUGUUGACUAAUCAGUUCAGCGCCAUGGCAAUGGCAGCUUCAGGAGCAAACUCGAUCCGGAUUAAGGCAGCAUUCAAUGGCAACGUGUACAUUUCCUCAAUAGAGUACAACUAUUCGAUCGAGGAACUGGUAGAUCAUAUUCAGUCUAUUUGUGGAAUUCAGAGUAAUAACAUAUCCGAGUCCUCGUCUGCUUCUUCGCCAUCCUCGACCGAUGCGACAUCAGGACAGAAUGGCAAAGCGAAUGUGCGCAACUCAUUACUCUCUGGGAACAAGGACACUUCCAGUGCCUGUACCAUCAAGUGGGUGGACGAGGAUGGGGAUCCCUGCACGCUAGAGAGCGAGUGGGAGCUGAGAGAGGCCAUCAGACAGUAUCAUGAAAACAAGGAUAACGAAAUCAAAUUAUACGUAUUCGCCUCCAAGCCAAACAAACCAGGCGAGCCUUGUGAAGGUGAAGUGAAGGACAUCUACAGGCGAGGUGCGCGACGAUGGCGGCGCCUCUACAAGAUUAACGGGCACUCGUUCGCCGCCAAGCGAUUCGGAAAGAGAGCUCUCUGUUUCAUCUGCCGUGACGUCAUCUGGGGUCUGGGCAGACAGGGCUUCCGCUGCGUGGAGUGCAAAAUCAUGGUGCAUAAGAAGUGUCACAAACGGGUCUCCUUCGUCUGCGGCGAGUCAUACGACACAAUCACAAGGUCACUUCCUACUCAAAAGAGGGAAACUGAAGACAGAGCUGAGCUGGAUGCCGCUCUGUACAACAACUCCAUGGCCAGAACUUCAAACAGACAGCAAAACAACAAUAACAACCACCAGUCCUCAUAUCCACACACAGUAUCGCAUUCACACCACUCAUCAAAUCAGAAUUCAAAUGCAUCCUCGCCCUCGAAAAAAGCCCAGAACCAAGCUGAUCAUCGUCAAGAUACCGCGGGUUCCCCAGGGUCGAGAAAUCAGAAACAACAACCUCGUAAUCAUCACCACUCGCUGUCAUCCGACGUGAACAAAAUUAAUCCCCGAGGCGUUCCGACAGCAACAUCCGCAUCCGACCACAAAGCUACCCCGCAUACGUUCGUCAUCUCUCUUGCCGACUUCAACCUUCUGAAAGUUAUCGGACGUGGAAGCUUCGCCAAGGUUUUGUUAGCCGAAUACAAGAAAACAGGCAAGAAGUAUGCCAUGAAGGUGAUCAAAAAAGAGUCGAUACAUGAUGACGAAGACAUCGAUUGUGUGCAGACUGAGAAAAAUGUGUUCGAGAUAGCCACCAAUCACCCCUUUCUAGUCGGCCUUCACUCCUGCUUUCAGACCCCCAGUCGACUCAUCUUUGUGAUCGAAUUCGUCUCUGGAGGAGACCUGAUGUACCACAUGCAGAGACAGAAAAAACUGCCCGAAGAGCACGGAAGGUUCUACGCCGCAGAGAUUUGCAGUGCUCUGCACUACUUGCAUGACAAGGGCAUUAUUUACAGAGAUUUAAAACUGGACAACGUGUUGCUAGAUGAUGAGGGGCAUGUGAAACUAACAGAUUAUGGAAUGUGCAAAGAAAACAUGGGCUAUUACGACACCACAGGGACCUUCUGCGGAACCCCGAACUACAUCGCACCUGAGCUGCUGACAGGCGCUGAGUACGGGUUCUCGGUCGACUGGUGGGCACUUGGUGUGCUCACGUACGAAAUGCUGGCAGGCCGCUCGCCUUUCGACCUACUAAAUGUUGAUAAUGUGCAGAACACAGAAGAGUACCUGUUUCAGAUUAUUCUGGAAAAACCUAUCAGGAUUCCUCGCUCGCUAUCUCCGAAAGCGUCCGCAGUUUUGAAAGGCUUUUUGAACAAAAACCCAGCUGACAGGUUGGGAUGCGACCCUGCUGAAGGUUACACUCAUAUUCAGAACCAUCCCUUUUUCCGAACGGUAGACUGGGAAAAGUUAGAGAGAAAGCAAAUUGAACCCCCGUUUAAACCCACCUUAGAAGAUGAGCACGAUUUGAACAAUUUCGAUCCCCAGUUUACAGACGAGCCCGUGCAAUUCACGCCCGACACUGCGGCUGGAAAUACAGACACUAUUGAUCAAUCGGAAUUCGAGGGCUUUGAUUACGUGAAUCCGCUUUUGAUGUCAAGUGAAGAUAAUGUGUAGCAGUUAACAUAACAGUUAACCUAUUGUAAUUAAUUGAUUAACCUGAUUCUGAAUUAUAUACAUGAAAUGAAAGAGAUUAUUUGUCUAUUAAUAGAAACAUGAAAAAUGUUCAUUAGGAUGAAAUGUUUAUUGCUAAGGAUCUCUUUAACCAUUCUCUCGUCCAGAGGUACAUUGUAAUAAGUCAUCUCCCCUUAUUAAGGAAAAAAUCAGCCAUCAAAGUUAGAGCGUAAACCAAAAUUUUGGAACUUGUACUUAAUUCAACUUUGGGAAGUAGACAUUGUUAAAGAGAUAUAUUGUAAGCAAGGAUCAUGACCGAAAUAUUCCCGCCAUUGAAUUGCAAAUUGAUGACGUUCAUGUCAUGCGCAGAGUUACUUGAUUCUAUUUCCACAUUCCAUUUAGAUACUGAUUUGAUCUAUCAAUGCGUUUUCUUUUACUUCACUUAUCUAUGACUUAAAUACCGCCUCUACAAAUGAUGCUGUGCCUAGCUGAAUUCAUUUUGCAUAAUGCAUAUUUUCUGUUACAGUACAACACAAAAUCCACACCGAAUCAUAAUCAUGCUUCUAAGCGCUGUUUUUUCCUGUUUUCUGGCAUAUCAAUGAGACAACAACUUCGCUUGCUUCCUCACCUUUCGGCGUUUUAGAUAAAUCAGUUUCGAUGUUAAAAGCAGGAUAUAAAAAAUUUGGAUUGCACGUCAGCAAUUUUUUCGCCUCAUUUCACUAAUAAACCUUCAAAGAAAGGCUUACAAAGUUAAUUUAACGAGGAAAAAGACUUAUGUAUUGUGGCGCCUACACUCUGGUUCCAAAAGCUAGAAACACUCUAAAAAGUUCUGAAACGAUUUUUUAAAAAAAAAACAUUUAAAAUUUUUUUUUCAAAUAAAUUUUGCAUUUUAGUAACUGACAAUUCUCCCAUUUGAGUUUUACCAAAUGAGAGGCGUCUUACCAUCUAUCUCUACAAGUUAGAAUUACUUUUUUUUUUUGGCUCGAUACGAUUUCACAAUUCUGUUUGGGCAAUUUAAUGAGAAAUUUUAUUUGGGCAUUUUAAUAAGAAAUUUUUGAUCAUUUUUGAUUUCACCCCGAAAUUUACGCGAUUGUUCGACCGCACUCACGUAGUGUAUUUUCUCCGCAAAUCUCGUUUUUUGUCUCGGAAAUUUUUCACUAUGCCACUAUUCAAUCAAAUCCUGGUUUCCUCGAUGCAAACAACAUCCUGUCAGAAAAGAGGAUAUGUUUAAUUUUUAGGUUAGUUUUUCCACCAGAAAUGAUUAUUAUGAUGGUAGUGUAAUUAGAUUCCAAGUUAAGUGUUUCUUUAAUUUCAUUUGAGAAAAUCCAGCAUCUUUCAAUGUAUCAAUUUGACAAACAACUAAUGAAUCGAGUGGCUUAAUCGAUUUUUCAAAUUUUAAUUGUGCAACUGCAAUGGUAAAAGUUGAAAAGAUUUCUUUUAAGAUUUCAGUUUUUGAGUGUAUAAGGAUAUAAAUGCUUUUGUAUUUUGAAAGCCAGUAGAGCGUUUUCGCUAUCAGAAGACGGUAUCAAAAUUUUCAGAUUGCGCAAAGAGAGUAAAGUAAAUCUCAAGAAUUUUUUUUCGCAAUUUCCGUGAAAGGCAUUUGCUUAAAAUGAAAAAAAAAAAGUUGAAUCCUCCAAUUUUUAACUGGAGUCACUGUGAUGUCGAGUUUUGACUCGAUGAUUUCGAAACCUAAUUAGGAUUUUUGGUUCCAAAUUUUUCAGUUUGUCGAUUCUAAGCGUAGUGUGACAGAAGGAGCUAUAUGAAAGCUUAGAUCAUUAGUAUAUUAGGAAUAAUUGACUACAGUUGUCUUCAAAAACUUUUUUUGGAAUGUGAACAACUUUUUUGCCAAGAAAGGGCUACUUGAAAUAGUAAAAACUUGUUGUCCUAAAAGCUCUAGUAAAAGCUCUUUGUCCUAUUAUAAAGGCCUAUUCGCUCGCUUUACUCAUUCGAAAUUAGACUAAAAGGAAGAAUUUCUAGCUAUCCGAAAUUAGACUAAUAGGAAGAAUUUCUAACCGUUUUUAAGUCGUUCAAAACACGACUGAAAGGGCUGUAGUAUGAUGUAUCUUUGAACCCAUUCUGAUGAUUGUUUGUGGUAUCUGAUUUAGCGUGAUAUCAAAAAAUUUGGGUCAGUGUUCUGACGAAAGAAAACUUCUGAAAUUUACCACUGAAGUGCUAAAGCUUAAUUUUGCCCUCUCGUCUUCAUCUUUGUGUUUCAUUCAUGCAAGAUGCGUCAAUCACAGAAAGAUUGCUAAGAGAAUGUGCAAAAAUUCAAAUUUUUUUAGAUUUUAAACUAAAAAAAAACAUUUUUUUUUUUCGCUGAAGAAAUUUUUCUUACUGUGCGAAGUCUCUCUUUCAAUAAACAAGAUAAAAACAAAUCCUCUUUCAAUCAUUUAAAACUGAUGUUUUUGUGGUUCCAGUUUUAAAUUCUGUGACAGUUAUUUUUCGAAAUAUCUUUUUAAUUAAAUUAAAUGUUUUUAAGGACCACGAGGCUUUUCGUUUUUAUCGUUUUUCAUAAGGCUGACAAUGUUGCUGAUGUAGCUACCGCGGCAAAUCGCAACAAAGACAACUGGAAUUACUCUCUGAAUUCGAAAGCUCGCCCAAAAGAUAAAUUGGCUGGAAAGAAUUUUUCUAUUGUUUAUCGAAUUAACUGUCCUUUUCGUGAAAGAUUUACUACCGAUUAAACAAUAAACCCACUUUGACACGGCCGUAGGACAGAUCAGAUAUCACCAUGUUAUUUUUUAUUACCAGUAGUUUUGUUGCGAGUGGUCGAAUUACGGGUGAUGUAUUCUAUUCAUUCACUCACUCAGUGGCCAAAGAUAUGCAAGUGUUAAUUUACCGUCGCAUUUCUAUCAUAAAUUUAGAUUCUAAUCUGUUACAAAAUGAUGUCAAUUCAAAUGUUUUAGUCUUA